AUGAAAAAUGCGCUUUGGGUCGCAUGGCGGGUUCCCUGCCUGGGGCUCCGCACGGUAGCAUUCCGCCCUACCGAACUCCGCACGUUCAGCACAUACACCACACGCCCAUCACUACUCUCAUUUCCGACCCAAGUGUUUUCAUUGACCUCUCAAUUACGUCAAUCGCCGGUAUCUACCAUAUCUCGUCGUUUCAAGCGUACCUCUGCCAAAUCCAACCCAGCGGCGAUUCUUCCCCGCGUCCCAGAUGCCGAAAUCAAAGCUAUCUUUGGGCCGUCCAGGUUCAGCCCCAAACUCGGAAACCGGAUCCUGAAUACACUGCAAGGUCAUCGUCUCACUGGAACUCUUGAUGCGGAAUUGCCCAGUGAGAUCGUCAGCGGCGUCAACCAGCAACAAAUCGACACAGCCAUGGAUUGGCUCCGAAACAAAUACCCCGUUGACGAGGACGCCGCUAUUCUCGCUCGUAUAGAGCGUGAAGAACGAGCUGAGCAAGAUAAGCUCAUGCGCCGCGCUGAAAAACUGGGGCUGUAUAAGCCACAGAGUGGCUCCUACGAAGCUGAGCUUGGGGAAGAAGGUUCUCCCUAUGGCAAGAGUGUUUUAAUAGAGGCCCGUCAACAGAACGAGAAGCGAUUAUUGGCAGAGCAGCAACGCUUGUCGGUAGAGCGAGAACGCCAACGUCAGGAAUGGCUUGAUGGUGAAAGAGAAGAGCAGGAACGUCUGGACCGUCGCUCUAAUCAGGAUACUUCUCUCCAGCAGUAUCAGGAGAAUGCGCUAAUGGAGGCUCGUCCCCGUGCAGACCCCAAUGAGCGGCCGGUACUAGCCUGGGUCCAAAAACACCAUAUUGCUGGUACCCAUGAGACUCCUGAAGAUGCCAACAUCACAACUACCCAACGUCUGCUCGCCCCGAUCCUCUUCACCAUCACAGUUCUCGGGCUUUGUUAUGCCUUCGCCCAGAAAUAUGAGUUCCCCGCCAGGAACGACCGUUUCAUGCCGGACGUGCCUCCUGCGGUGGCUACUGUCGGUGCGAUAGUAGGCGCUAAUCUGGCCGUUACUCUGCUUUGGAAAUUCGUUCCUCCCGCUUGGAGAUUGCUCAACCGUUAUUUCGUCAUCGUUCCUUUCUACCCCAGCUCACUUGGAAUGAUUGGAAGUACAUUCAGCCAUCAGACAUGGAGACAUCUAGGAACUAACAUGAUGGUUCUGGCUCUUAUGGGAACAAGAGUUCACGAUGAAAUCGGCCGUGGAAACUUCCUCGCAAUCUACUUCGCCUCUGGAGCCAUGGGAUCUAUUUUCUCACUCACGCGCAGUGUUCUUCUUGGCAAUCUAGGAAUGACAUCUCUGGGCGCAAGUGCUGCCACCAGCGGCAUUGUCGCUGCAUGGUGCAUGUCCCACUUCGAUGACAAAAUCACCAUGUGGAUUCUCCCUCACGAAUUGCGAGAGAAGAUCUGGACGCAUGGAUGGUUCUUCCUCGCAUGUUUGGUUGGAACGGAGGUUUUCAGCUUGAUAGCGCCAGCACGUUUCUUCCGUGUCUGGCCCCUUUCCAGACUCACCAAAAUGGACCACGCUGCCCAUCUGGGUGGUUAUGUUGCUGGCGCUGGAUGUGGUUACACGCUCCUGCAAAAGCAGAAGGAGCGGGAGCGCAAGGCGAGGCAGUCAAAGUGGUUUUGA